AUGAAUACUACACCUACUGAAAAGAAAAAUGGUUACCAAUCACAUUUGCAUCGCAACUCAUCAACUUCAUGGAGGAGGAACAUGAGUCUAUCGUUGCUCAGUUUAUUGUUAUUAGUCCCCAUGUACCAGUACCUUUACACAACGACAAUCACAAACAACCUAGUCACCCCAACAUCUCCGUACUCAUCCAUCGAGACAUUGGAAUUGACAACCUCAGAAAAGGAUGACUUGCAAAGACUUGGACUUACUCCUAAAAAACCUAUCAAAAUUGUCACUAGUGAAAAAGGUGAACAAGUCAUUCAUGGUAGGUUUCUCCACAUCACUGAUAUACAUCCUGAUCCAUAUUUCAAAGAAGGUCUGUCAUUUGAUGAAAUGUGUCAUGGAUCCAAGGGUAAUGCUCACAAAUAUGGCGAUGCUAUAUCUGGAUGUGACGCACCAAUGGAAUUAAUGCAAGGCACGAUAAAAUGGAUUGAGGAGAAUUUAAAAGACAAGAUUGAUUUUAUUGUUUGGACUGGGGAUAAUGUACGCCAUGAUAAUGAUCGAAAUUACCCCAGAACCGAACAAAAUAUAUUUGAAAUGAAUGAACAUGUGAGUAAAUUGAUGUAUGAAACUUUUAAAAAAAAGGAUACUCCUGAAUUGGCUGUUGAUUUGAUUCCAAGUUUGGGUAAUAAUGAUGUAUACCCUCACAAUUUGUUUAGUAUUGGGCCAACUUUACAAACGAGAGAAUUGUUUCAAAUUUGGCAACGCUUCAUCCCACAACUGCAACUACACACUUUUAACCGUGGUGCUUAUUUCUUUAAAGAAGUUAUUCCGGGACAAUUGGCCAUAUUAUCUAUCAAUACACUUUACUUGUAUCAGCUGAAUCCAUUGGUUGAUAAUUGCGACAAGAGGAAACAACCAGGUUACAAGUUAUUUGAAUGGUUGGGUUACGUUUUAAAAGAAUUAAGAGCCAGAAAUAUGAAGGUGUGGUUAACUGGACAUGUGCCACCAAAUGAAAAAAAUUUCGACUUGACAUGCUUGAGAAAGUAUGUCGUUUGGAUUCAUGAAUUUAGAGACAUCAUUGUUGGUGGGUUGUAUGGACACAUGAAUUUGGAUCAUUUCAUUCCGUUGGAUAGUGUGGCCGCGUACAAAUCCAUCAAAAAGUCACACAAGAGACUGAAAACAAAACAAUUGGAAAUGUUUGAAGUGUUCAAUGAAGAGUAUCAUGAUGAUUUGGAAACUGAUGCAUUGGGAGCCACUUCCUUUUAUCACGCUUUGGACACCAAAUUCGAUGAUUCCUUUUUCAGAGUGCAAGGUGGAAUUCCAUCAAACAAGGUUGCGUAUAUGAAUACCGUACGUGAAGAGGUGUAUGCCAUGAUUAAAGGAAAAAUGAAAUCGGGUGCGCAUGGUGAAAGGUACUCUAUAUCACACGUGGGUGGUUCAGUUGUUCCGACAUUCAACCCCGGCUUGCGAGUAUGGGAGUAUAACAUCACAAACUUGGCUCAUGAAAUGUCAAGUGUUAAAUUUGAACCAUGGGAUAAAUUCUUUUACGAAGUUGAAACUUUGAUUGACAAGCAGGAUUCAUAUACUGAUGAAGAUGAUAACGAAGGCCAUAGUGUUUGGUCAUUCAUUAAACGCGACAAGACUUUCCCACUCCCAAAACCUAAAAAUGCCAAAUUAGGACCCGCUUAUAUCCCUCAAACGUACACUCCAGAGAGAUACGUACAGUAUUAUGCUGACUUGGCAGAGAUCAACAAGAGUGGAAAAAAGUUUGGUUAUGAGAUUGAAUACAGCACCGAUGACAAAUUAUACAAUUUGCCAGUAUUGACUGUUGAAGAAUGGUUAAAGUAUGCAAGAAAGUUGGGAAAGCCAGUAAAAGGAAACACCGUUGUUUCUGAAAAGAAGAAGAAUAAAAAGUCAAAGAAUGGGAAGCCAAAGAAAGGGAGAAGUAGCAAGAAAUUGGAACAAAUGUGGGCUGAAUACUUGAAAAAUACAUUUGUCAGUUCAAAUUAUGAAAAUAGUGGAUUAGGUUAA